CAGAAUGACUUAAGCACACACAUUUUUGAAAAGAUGUUCUCUGCUUCAGACGUCGUAAAUGUCUUGUCAAUAUUUACACUAACGCGCAUCCUUUGUCAUGUUUGUUCAUUGUGUACAUAUGUCGUCGUCAUUCCUGCCAUGUGGCCGUUUUCAUCAUAACUAAAUUUAGCCUAUUCGAAUUUAUAAAGGGAGGAGCUUAUUAAUUCCAGUCGUGUGGUAUAACACUGUGCUUCGCAUCGGUUGAUCACAUUUCAUUCUGGAAACCAUUCGGACCAUUCAACACCUGGGAAGGUCGAUUUCGUCAUCAUGGUUAAGUCGGUGGUACUCGUCGUCCUCGCCGUAGUCGUAGCGGUCAACGCUCAGAAGCCGGUCUGUUAUCCUCCUCAGUUUAUGGGUGGGCUAGGAUUCACUGUCGGCCAGACUGGUCCCGAUGGUAGACCAGAGGGUUAUACACUGAAUGAGUACGGUGCCUGGGACUUUGCUCAAAGGAGACUUGGUCUCAAUAUGGAUAUCUUUUAUCCCAAUGGAACUACCUACAACUUCCGUGUAAUCCAGGACUACACCGCGGGAACGCAGUUUACUAUUUUUGAGCAAUAUCGAUUCUGCGCCAAGCAGAAACCACCUACCGAACCCGAAAAUUGUAUUCCAGCCAACACCAGUGUAGCUUUCCGCGGGUUCCUGGGCGCUGGAAAGGACCGACUCGACUACGAUCUUUACACCAUGAAGCUAACCAAGGAGGAAACGGGUAAUCUCGAGGGGGACGUCACCUUCGGUAUCAUAAGGGGAAAAGAAUUCAACAUCCCUCUCUCAAACACCUUCAUCGGGACUUACUUCGACGGUGAAACCCCAUAUGCUCAAGUGUCAAGUGGAGGUUAUUACAAUGUCGAGAUAGGGAUUAAUGACCCAAAGAGAUGGUUUGAAGUACCCGAUUACUGCCCUCAGGAACUGACCGACUUGACCACGCUGCCAAAACACAUUCCCAAGUGGACUUGGAUUCGUCUUCCUGCACCACGCCUCUUUUAAAUGUCCGUUAAUCCGAUGCCGAAAUUCCUGGACUUGUCCAAGUAAAAAAAGUGUCCAUCGUAUUACGAGAGGAUUGAUUUUUAACAGAACAUCAAUAAAGAUAUCGCAUUUGCUGUUAUUUGUAGUGAAAAUAAAUUAGUUGGAUAUUUCUUAUUUAUUCUUGUGAUUUUGAUUUUGAUUUAUAUUUCUAUGAAUUAAUAUUUGAAAUGACACCUAUACUAAGUAACUAUUUUCCCUAUUGAACAUAAAUCUUCGCACUCUUAUUGAUAUUUUUCGAUUGUAUCUGUGAAUACAAAAUAAUUUUUAAUCCUGAUUAAAUGAGUAUUUUUAAUUUUCAACAAGA